UUGCUAAUGUUUUAGUGUAGUGAACACUAUUAUGAAAUUUAAAUAAAAUAAUAAAAUUGAAAAUUUCAAUAGAAAAAUGAAUUUUGCACGUCUCAUAUUCGCCCGAAGUACUGGUGGUACACAAACAUUAACACCGAAGGUGACGGCUUUCUACUAUCGCCAAUUUACUUGUGCCAGUGUGCAGCGUGCAGCACAUAAACCUCUAACGCAAUUUGAAUCAAAACUUGAACGAUUCGAGCUGAAGUUACCUGCACCCUUGGCACAUAGUCGUAAAGUGACACAGCAAGCUAGUGUCGGCGCUUCGGUCGCGCAGGUUUUAAAGAAAAGAACGGUGCGCAAGAAAUGGGAUGAUAACGUCUUUGAGGACCUAUCCGCUGAGGGUUUCUUCAACGUGUCGGCCUUUACGACUGCUGAGGAAUAUGACUUGGAAGCCUUAAUGAAAGGCCUAACCGAACAAAAUUUGUAUGCCGUUAAGAAAUACUUUUCCACAGAUAAUCUCGGCUUGGAACAAAAUGUGCUCUAUGCCUCAGCGAAAUAUCCGGUGGGCAAGGAGGCGCGUGAUAUAAUAUUCUUUCGUGAAGGUUCAGUAGUUUUAUGGAAUUUCAAUGAAAUAGAAACAAAUAAUUUGCUGUCAUUUUUACGGCCAUACGAGAAGGAUGCAUACUUAAGUCCGCUGGUGCGUGGCGAAAGCGAAGUGAUGCCAUACAUGUACAUUCCAUCAUCUGCUGUUGAUGUUGAAGGUGAUUUGGUAUCCGCGUCGGAUACGGAGGUGGCACGCGCUUUCUUCCACAACGGAAAAUUUUUUCUUGCAUCUGAAGGUGACAACUUCCUACAGAAAUACACUUUCUCCAACGCUAUGGCUACGUCAAUAAAAUUGGGUAUGUGGGAAGCAAUGCUCGAUCGUUAUGUAGACUCCAUUGAAUAUCUCACAGAUGAUCUAAAGCGUGGACGACGCAUACGCAUGUCGCGCGCAGAGGUUUUGCGAAAAACAGGUGAAUUAUUUGCCUUGCGACACGAAAUAAACUUGGCAUCAGAUUUGCUAGACACGCCAGAUUUCUACUGGGAUCGUGAAGAGUUAGAAGCAUUGUAUCUGCAAGUUUGCUCAUAUUUCAGUAUAUCACGGCGAACAAAAGUGAUGAACGAGAAGAUAAAUCACUGUGUAGAAUUGGCAGAAUUAAUAUCGCAUAAUUUGAAUGAUGCUCAUCACAUACGUCUGGAAUGGAUGAUUAUUAUACUGAUUAUGGUAGAGGUUGGAUUUGAAAUUGUCCACUAUAUGGAUCGUUACUACAGCAAAGAGGAGGGUGCAGUGUUGACGCAUUGAUAAACAGACGGCUGUGGAUGGGGUAGGGUAUGCAAGACCUUAAUUCAAAUAAAAAAAUGCAUUUAAACUAAAACAUGUGAAUAGAGCUGUUUAUAUU